AUGAAUUUAAAUAGGAAACAUGAAGGAUUUAGUUCGGAUGAUUCAGUUGAUAUGAGUGAUUACAAAAUUGAAUCUUCUAAUAAACAAUCAACAAUCAGAUAUUCAAAUUCAAAAUCAUCAUCAUCAGAUGAAAGUUUAACUGAUAUGAUAAAAAAGAAAAGACUAUAGAUAAAUAAGAAAGUAUAUGGAAAGGAAGAGUUACAACAACAAUAAGAAUUAGAUGAUGCUACAUUUGAUCUAUCUGAUACUUGUAAUAAGAAAUACUUAAAUCAUUAGAUAACGAUUCUAAUAAGUUCAAAAUUGGAAAUGAAUCAACACUUGAAUCAAGAAUAAAGAAAUUAGAAUAAGAAUUGAAUACUAGUGUGAAAUCUACUCUUUAAAGAAAUUAUUAACAUAAUCAAUCUGCAUCAAUGACAUCAGUUGAUUCAUUCUCUGUUGAUUUUAAGUAAUUUUAAUAAUCAGACAUUAAAGUCAAUCAUUAUAAUAAUAGACUUGAAUCACUGAGAUCUAAAAAUUAAGAACCUGCUAUUGAAUGGAAAAGUAAUGCAUAUUAUAAUAUAUAUAAGAGGGACGUAAGAUAGAAGAAUUCGAUUUUGAAAUUUCAAAUCUUUAAUAAGAACUUGAAUCAUUGAAAGAUAGUCUUAAUAAAGAAGAGAAAGAAUAAAAUAAAUAGAAAAUAAAACUUAAACAUUAGUUAAAACAAUAUACUUAAUCAAAUUCAGAAGAAGAUGAAUAAGAAUAUAAUGAAAGAGUUUAUGAAUUACCAGUGUAAUAAAACUAAUUAAAAAAUAAAAAAUUAACUUCAAAUUCAAAAAAAUCAUCUCAUCAUUCUGCUUCUGAUAAUUAAAAUCAAAAUUAAAUUUAAAAUACUAACUUUAAAAAAAAAUCAAGAACUGAAGUUGAAAUUAUUGAUGAAUUACCUGAAUAAAAUUCAAAAGAUUAAUAUUAAGGUAAUUAUAUUAUAAAUUUAUUUUUUAGAAGAUAAUUCAAAUGAUUCUGAUAGUAAAAAUUAAAUAGAAGAAGUACAUAAAUAAAAACAUAAAAGUCAUGCUUCUAAAAAGUAAGGUUCUCUUCAAAAUUUACCUAUAUCUGCAAUUGAAUUUAAAGAGAAGGAUGGAAAUGAUGUUAGUAUAGAUGUAGUUCCUUCAAAGCUUAAAUCAAAUAGUUAAUUACAAUAAACUGAAAAUUAAUUUCCUAAUACUUUAAUACUUCCAUCAAAAACUUCUUUAUAAUGUGAUGUUUCAAGAUUAUAUAAAUUAAAUAAGGAAGUAGAAGUUUUGUAAUUAUUCAAAUUAUAUAAAAUAGAUAAUAAAUUGAAAAAAUAAGAGAAAAAUUAAAAAAGUCAAUCAAUAAAAAAAUGAAUACUGAAAAAGUAAUUGAGUAAAUUAAUUCUCUAUUCUUAGACGUUAUGAUCCAUCUUUCACAAUGUAAUCUAAAUCAAAAAUAAUGAAUAAAUCUGGAAAACUACAUUGUCCUAAUUGCACUUACCUUCUAAAUAAAGGAAUGAGUACAGCUUAUUGUCAUUGUAAUAAAUGA